GAAAAUAGUUUAAACGUCAAUGAAGUUGUAAUGUACAUCCGUCUGUUUAAAUUUACUAAUGAUUGGCGAAAUUUAUGUGUAAUUUUGAGAAUAAAGGUGGUUCUCACAUAACGCAAAAGGAAAGCCUCGAUUUCGCAAUGAAUUAAAUUAUGUAGGCAUAAUAUUGAUCAUUGAAUAAUGGAGGAGGCAAUGAAAUUAAAACUUUGUAUAACCUCAACAAUAUUGCUACUUAGUUGUGUUGGUUUAACUUAUUUUGUUCUAAAGAAAAGAAAGAAGAGAGUUGAUGCGAUUGACGCCUUUAAAUAUUUAACUAUUAGAACGGUGUCAAAUACAGAAUUGUGUGAUGAAGUAGUACUUGAACUAAAAAGGAGAUGCAGGACAUACAAAAUGGUUGGUUUUGACUGUGAGUGGGUGACUGAUCAUGGUAAGAGAAAGCCAGUGGCUCUGAUGCAACUAUCCACUCACGAUGGUUAUUGCGCUUUGUUUCGGCUAUGCCAUUUGAAGGCGGUACCAAACUCUUUGAAAGAUUUUUUAGAAGAUAAAACAAUCUACAAAGUUGGAGUGGUACCCAAAGAUGAUGCUAAGUAUCUGCUUCAUGAUUAUUCUGUUAAUCUUCAGUCAACAUUAGACAUUCGCCACAUUGUAACUGCAGCUGGUUAUGAUCCAGGAGGUUUGGCAGUACUUUCCCAAUCUCUACUGGGCAUUACUUUGGAUAAAAGUUGGAGGGUUCGUUGUAGUGAUUGGGAGGCAGAGACAUUGUCAGAAAGACAAGUGCAUUAUGCCGCAGUUGAUGCACAUGUAGCUGCCAAGAUUUUUGUUAAAAUGAUUAAUAGUCUUUCUAGGAAAAAUACCUGGAUUUUUUUUAAUAAAGAGAUAGCAAAUUUGUCAGAUAACAUAGAUAAACUAUGUGGUCACUAUUUGGAUAUUAAUUUUAAUAGCAAAAAUAACAAAAUUGAUGAUACUGCUAAUGGCAGAUGCACAAAAAUCAAUAAAAGGAGGGAAAAGCAGAAUACUGCAUCGGCUAGAACAAAGCCAUUGUACACUAACAGUUUUUUAGAAGCUCCAGAUGGUGAACUUUUAUGUACUUGUGAUUAUAAAAAAGCAAUGUGGUACAUAGAAAAAGAGCUGGCUGACUUAGUAAAGGAGUCCCCGUUCACUGUCCGUUUGAGGUUCGAGCCGGCGGCGCGGUCCGUCGGUGAGGUGGGCCAGUACUACCAAAUCGCCAAGGAAAAUUGCUGUGUCGUUUGUGGAAAUACUAACUCUUAUAUCAAGAAGAAUGUUGUGCCCAGGGAAUACAGGAGAUACUUUCCAGAGGUGAUGAAAGACCACUCGUGUCACGACGUAUUGCUGCUGUGUUUGUCGUGCCACCAGCGCAGUAAUAUGGCCGACCUCGACGUGCGGCUGCGACUGGCUGUCGAAUGCGAUGCCCCUCUCACUAAUAGAGACUUCACGAAGUUCACUGAAGACCACACCGUUAAGAAAGUGAAGUCAGCAGCCCGCGCUCUCCUUCACCAGCGGGAUAAGAUCCCUCAGGAGAGAUGCAGGCAGCUGGAGACCACAAUCCUGGACUACUUCCCGGAGUGUGAUGCCAUCACACCUGACCUGCUGAGAGAGGCGGCCGACUUGCAAGCCUAUGUCGAGAACGCAGACUACGCGGCGCACGGUCUGAAAGUGGUAGAACAUUAUAUAAGGCAAGAUGGCGGCCUACUACGUCUAGAAUCUCUAUGGCGGCAACAUUUCCUGCAAAGGAUGCGACCGCAACACAUGCCUCGUCUUUGGUCCGUCACACACAAUGAAGAAAGGUUGCGCGUUCGUUUGUUAGAUGGACGCCUAACGAACGAAGAUUUGAAGGCGAUAGGUCUCACCCACUGGAUCAAAGAGAGGGAGUCGCUCAGUCUCACUCUAACAAAAGAUAACGGAUGAUAACCGUAGACGUAUAAGAAUAGAGUAGGGGAGAUAUUGACUCUACUACAAGUGGAAGUGUCCCUCUAAUAGAAAGAGAAAGAAGAUG